GGGGAUGGCCCGGGUUGUCGCUGCCGCCGUCGCUGCCGCCGCCUCCUCAGAAGCAGGAACCGAAGUCGCCGCCGCCGCCGCUGCCUGGGUCGUCGGCCGCCCGCGCGCUGGCUCGGUCGGGGCCCGCAGCCAUGGAGGACUUCAUCGUGAUCUCCGACGACAGCGGCUCCGAGAGCUCCGGGGGCGCCCGCCCGAGCCGGUCGCGGAGGCUGCGCCGGGCCCUGUCGCGGACCCCUGGCGCGCUGCCCCGCCGGACCGUGGACUUUAUUGACUUAACUAGAGAGACCAGACCAAGGACAAAAGAUCGCAAUGGACUGUGUGUGAUUGACCUGACAGAAGCUGAGGGAGAAAAUAGACCUAUUGCCACACUUGACUUAACUUUAGAACCUGUCACUCCUUCCCAGAAGGAGCCAACCAGUCUUCAGACAUGUGCCCGCCUCUCUGGCAAAGAGGUGAUGGAAGGGCAGGUGUACAGAAGCUCUCAGCCUACAGCACGGAGAAUCAUUAACAGUGAUCCUGUAGAUUUGGACCUAGUAGAAGAAAACACCUUUGUCGGUCCCCCACCCACUACAUCCAUCAGUGGAAACUCUGUUUAUCCAACAGAGCCUAAUUGCAGCUCAGCCACAUUCAUAGGUAACCUCAGCUUCUUGGCAAGCCUACAGCUGUCUUCAGAUGUUAGCUCCCUCUCCCCAACAAGCAAUAAUAGCAGCAGCAGCAGCAGCAAUCAAAAAGCACCCUUGCCAUGCCCACAGCAAGAUGUGCCUCGCCCACCACAAGCCUUGCCAUGUGCCCUCCAAGCUUUGCCGUGCCCACUGAGAGCCUCACCUUGUCCACCACGAGCCUCCUCAUGCCCACCACGAGCUUCGUCAUGCCCAUCACAAACCAUGCAGUGCCAACUACCAGCUCUAACUCACCCACCUCAAGAAGUGCCAUGCCCUGGGCAGAAUAUCCCAAGCCCACCUCAAGACUCAUUAUGGCAUCCUCAACACUCACCAAGCCCACCUCAAGACUCUCUGGGCCUACCUCAAGAUGUACCAGGCCCACCUCAAAACAUAUUGCUUCCACAAGAUGUGGCAUACAUGCAAGACAUGCUACAGUCACCAGGAGAUGUACCACGGUCACCUGGAAACAUGCCACCAUCACCAGAUGUGCCACAGUCAUCAGGAGACAUGCUAGGGUCACCAGAAGAUGUGCCACAGUCAUCAAGUGAUGAUUCACUGUUACCACAUGUACCACCGUCACCAGGGGGCAUGCCACACUUACCGGGAGAUGUGUUACAUUCACCUGGAGACAGGCCACACUCAUCAGGGGAUGUGACACACUCACCUCGAGACAUCCCUCACUUACCAGGAGACAGGCCUGACUCUACCCAGAAUGGUGUACAGAACCGUGACAUGCCUAUGGAUAUCUCAGUUCCGUCCUCUCCAAGCUGCUCUCCCAGCCCAUUGUCUGAAACUCCCUUAGAGAAAGUUCCUUGGCUCUCUGUCAUGGAAACCCCAGCCAGAAAAGAAAUAUCACUGUCAGAGCCUGCCAAACUCAGGUCUGCCCAUGUACAAGCACGAAUACCACAAGGUGGGUUGUACAACAGACCAUGCCUGCAUAGACUGAAGUACUUCUUACGACCUCCGGUUCAUCACCUCUUCUUUCAGACACUAAUACCGGAUAAAGACACAAGAGAGAACAAGGGUCAAAAAUUAGAACCCAUCCCUCAUCGAAGACUAAGAAUGGUAGCAAAUACCAUUGAAGAGAAUUUUCCCCUGGGGACUGUGCAGUUUUUGAUGGACUUUGUGUCACCCCAGCAUUACCCACCAAGAGAAAUUGUGGCUCACAUCAUCCAGAAAAUCUUGCUCAGUGGCUCUGAGACUGUGGAUGUCCUAAAGGAGGCCUACAUGCUUCUCAUGAAAAUUCAACAGCUACAUCCAGCCAAUGCCAAGACAGUGGAGUGGGACUGGAAACUGCUCACCUAUGUCAUGGAGGAAGAGGGACAGACUCUGCCUGGGCGAGUCCUUUUCCUGCGUUAUGUUGUUCAGACCCUAGAAGAUGACUUCCAGCAGACCCUGAGGAGACAACGGCAGCACCUGCAGCAGUCCAUUGCAAACAUGGUGCUGUCCUGUGACAAGCAGCCCCACAAUGUCAGGGAUGUUAUCAAGUGGCUGGUCAAAGCAGUAACUGAAGAUGGAUUGACUCAGUCCCCAAAUGGAAAUCAAACAUCUUCAGGAACAGGAAUCUUGAAGGCAGGCGGUAGCCACCCUUCUUCCCAGCCCAACCUGACAAAGAACACCAAUCAGCUGAUUGUGUGCCAGCUUCAGAGGAUGCUCUCCAUAGCCGUAGAGGUGGACAGGACCCCCACCUGCAGCUCCAGUAAAAUUGCUGAGAUGAUGUUUGGGUUUGUGCUGGACAUUCCUGAGAGGAGCCAAAGAGAGAUGUUCUUUACUACCAUGGAAAGCCACCUUCUGCGCUGCAAAGUGUUAGAAAUCAUAUUCCUCCACAGCUGCGAGACACCCACCCGCCUGCCUCUGUCUCUGGCUCAGGCCCUCUACUUUCUGAAUAAUUCUACAUCACUGCUCAAGUGUCAGUCAGAUAAAAGCCAGUGGCAGACUUGGGACGAAUUGGUUGAGCAUCUGCAGUUUCUGUUGUCCAGUUAUCAACAUGUUUUAAGAGAACACUUAAGGAGUUCCGUGAUCGACCGAAAGGACUUAAUAAUCAAAAGGAUUAAGCCCAAACCCCAGCAAGGAGAUGACAUCACAGUGUUGGAUGUAGAGAAGCAGAUUGAGGCCUUCCGCAGCCGCCUGAUCCAGAUGCUGGGGAAGCCUCUUGUCCCCCAACUCCAAGACAAACUGCACUUGUUGAAGCUCCUGCUCUUCUAUGCUGCGGACUUGAACCCUGACGCAGAGCCCUCUCAAAAGGGCUGGAGCAGCUCCUGAGGGCCUGCCAAGCACUGCAUGCCAAGAAUACCUCCUGAACUCUAUCUCCAACUACUUAAAAGCUCCAAAAGUAGGAAAAGUGGCUAAAAUCUUACAAGACCAAACCUAUAUUAUUUAAUCAGUAGGUUGUAAUUUCUAACUCUAGUAUAAAUAUCUUUUUUUAAAAUAAUCCUAUCCCAGCCUAUUCUCAAAUAUGGCUUAAAUAUACAAGGUAUAUAUCUUUUUUAAUAAAUUAUUUAUACUUUUUUUGAAACAGGUUAAUACUGUGUGCACCACGUUUAACAUUUUCAUUCAAGAUGUGGAAAAAUCCCUCUGCUGAACCCACUCUAUACACCAAUAUUAUGUCAUUCAGGGUACCAACGACCUGUUUCAGGAGAGACGUUCAUUUUUCCCUAAUGAAAUGCAAGCAUUUUAUGUUAGACCUAUUAUAUUGCCUAUUAAUUUGACUUUAUAAUAAAUAGAGGGUAGAAACCAAAGGAUCAAGUGUAUUAUAAAACAUUUGAUGUUAAAAGGAGACAAUAAAAAGGCAAUGGUUUUUCAAAAUA